UCUUCUCUCAGUAAAGAAGGGGCUGAGCUGGAGUGAAGGUGCAAGAUUCUAACACAGGAAUAGUAACACCUGCUCUCGCACCAGCAGUUAUCCCUCUCAUUCAACAGCUAAAAUGGUCGAGGCAUUCUGCGCUACCUGGAAGCUGAUUGACAGCCAGAACUUUGAUGAGUACAUGAAGGCACUGGGUAUGUAGAAGUAACUGCUUAAGCCAGGUCAUCCUAGGUAAUCUACUCAUGCGGUUUGUGACUGUUUCUUCUUUAGCACAGUUAUAGAGUUUGGGAUUUUGCAGCGUGCUAACCCAUUAUAGUGAUGUAAGUCUUGUGAUACUGACUGAAAAAUGAUUUUAAUAUUUUAAAUAAGCAUGCAUUGCCACAGGGAAGAUGAACUAAUUUAGACCGGUAUGAACUAAUCCACAACUGCUUGAAUUUAAGUACCGCUAAAUGCUGUUUGCAAGUCUAAAUAUGCUUGUGAAGAAGUAAGUCUGAAUGAACUAAGGCUGAGAUUCUAAGCAUGUAUGGUUGGAAGUGCACUUAUAUUUAUCAAGUGGAUUUGCUUCAAAUAAAAUAUAGUUAGGAUUGGGGGGGGGAUAAAUGUACAUCGAUAUUGCUAGCAUCAUUUGAAGGAAUGUUACUCCCAAGUAAAUAUUUUCAGGAAUCUUAGCCUAACAAUAUGAUACCCAAGCACACUUAUUAAAAAGUUCCAUUGGAAAUUAAUGGACUAAAAUGCUCAUCGCAGUAAAUAUUUGAGCAUAAUAGAAUUGGAAACAAAAUUCUCUUUCAGUAUAGCUGUUGUGGGAACUGUUUUGUGUGUGAAUUAAAAAGCAGCUGAGGGACAAUGAGGGUGCACUGGCUCAGCUCUGUAAUGGACGGCCCAUGCUUUGUGUCGCUUUAUUUUUUGUGGAAAAUAAAUGACAUCUGUUGCAGUAGCAAAGGCAAAAAUAAACCUGGUGCUGAUUAGAGCAAAAAUGUCAUCUGUGUGACCAAAUGCAGCAGUCAGUAGACAAGGUAAUGAAUUGCAUCACUGAUGCUUCUAUAUCCUCCUUAUUGCUUUUCAGUGAGCUAGCUCAAGCGAGUAUUGGAAGAGGGGGAAAUCUCCAUGUGCAUAGACAACUAUGCAAUGAGUUGCAAAGUAGAUGACGGAACAGACAAAUAAAAUUCAUGAGAUCUUCUCCUUUGCAGGUUGACUCUCAUGUACGUCCCACGUAACUGCACCUAGGAUUGCAGACUUAACAUUCACAUCUUUAUUACAAUCACUUUAUCUUGAUUCAGUGUAAUCUCUUGCACAAUUCUGAUUUUGUGAGCAGUCUUAAACAGACCAACGGAAUGGUGAGAUGUAAAUACAAUAAAUAAGCAGAAGGAGAUCUAAGUACUUCACUGGGAUGGAUCUAAGCCAAGGCUGGAUGGCUGGAUGCCAUGAGUGCUGUAGUUGCAUUCUGCACUGAUUCUACAUUGAGCAGGGAACCGGACUAGAUGAUUGUAAAAUUUCUUUGUUUCUAGGGGAAACAUGAUUUUUUCAAUGGGGUGGCAAGACCUCCUCCCCUUUAAACUUCAGAAUCCAAUAUAUAAAAUAAACCAGUUUCAUUAUUUUCAUUUAAAAUUCUUUUCAAAAUCUUAGGAGUUGGCUUUGCUACUCGCCAAGUUGGGAAUGUGACCAAACCAACUGUGAUCAUCUGCCAGGAAGGAGGCAAGGUGGUGAUCAGAACCCAGAGUACCUUCAAGAACACAGAAAUCAGCUUCAACCUGGGAGAAGAAUUUGAUGAAACUACCGCAGAUGACAGGAACUGCAAAGUAAGUAAGAAACAGCUUGAGCUGCCACAGAGACUUUUUUUUUAAAAAAGCUAAUCUUUCAGAAUUGACUGGAAGUAAAAGAAUACAGAUAUUUUUUGUCUGUUACUGAUGGGAGCACUAAGUAAAUUUUAAGCAGGGCUGUUUUUCAGCCAGAACUCACCAGAACUCAGUUCCAGCACUUCUCAGGUAGGCACCAUUGUCAUUAUAAGAGAACAAGGGAGGUGUUCUUGGUGAGUUCUGGCACCUCUUUUUCAAGAAAAAUAGCACUGGUUUUAAGGAAGGCAUGAAAUAAAGAAUGAUUGAUUUGAACUUAUUCAGCACAUUGAAACAAUGAGGUUAUAGGGUUUUAUUAAAUUUUUGGGCCACCUAAGUUAUGACACAAAGCACACCUACUUGGAAGAUCUGUUCAAACCAAUGAGAUCUGGUUCUAAAUAAAUGCAUUCAGUAUAGGGAUGUGAUCAUAUACUUGGCUUUCAUCUUUUCCAAGGCCUCUGGGAGUGGCAUCACCCCCUUAGCAGAGAUCUCUGGGCAUGCAUGGUAGGCAUACUGUAUCUAAAGAACAUUCAUGACUCCAUUAUGCAUCACCCCAUGACUAUGUCUCAAAUGGUCCAGAAUCUGCUGGAUAAUAAUGGGUCCUUGUUCUGUUCCAGAAAUGCUUCUGUUCUGAUCAGAACCUGUGUUCUUGACUUGAGAUCAAACUCCACGUUAGUAUUUAGCAAUCUGACUUUUAGAGUGAAUGAUUUCAACUAAACAUUGAAUCCAUUUACUGAAUGAUGUUAAUCAUACCCAGAGAAGACCCACUGAAAUCAAUGAACUGAAAUGUAAGCCCACUGAUUUCAGUGAGCCUACACUGAGUAUGACUUGGUUGGAUGACAUCUAUUACCAUUCACUGAAAUGUGUGAAUGGUCCCUACACCAGGUCAAAUAUGAAUUCUGGUACAGCUUUAUUUGAACCAACUACACAUAUAAGAAUCAAAUUAUUUUUUAUAUACAGUAUGCAUUUUAUUACCGAGCUGUUUUUAACUGUAUUGUUACCAAGUUUAUUGAUUUGAAAUAAAUGCUUCAGACUAAUAAUUCAGAGAUUUAUGCUGGGCCCAUAACCCCUCCAGCGCUUCUGCUGCGCUGCGUGAAUCCUCCCCCCAAAAACGUUGUCGCUUGAUCUUGAUUUUCAAUAAUUUACACAUGUGAUUAAUUUUUCCAUUGAUAAUAAAGAGAUUUUGAAAGUCCUUAACUGUGACUAGAUGGGCUCAGAAUUAUUUGGAUAAACUUAAUGUGUGUUCUUUAUACCCACAGUCAGUGGUGACCAUGGAUGGUGAUAAGUUAGUUCAUGUACAGAAAUGGGAUGGCAAAGAGACAAACUUCGUUAGAGAAAUCAAAGAUGGUAAAAUGGUCAUGGUAAGUAAAUAAAGGUUUAUUGAGGCUAUAUAUGCUCAUGCUGAUAACACUAUGAGGUAUUAUGUCUCAGACUUUCUGAUAAUCCACCCCCCCCUUCUGACCACUUAUAAAGAACAUGUUUAGCAGAAGUAACAUCUGCAGUUCCAAUGUUAAUAAUAAACUAAGCUGAUAAUAAACAUUAAAAAAAACAGUCAAGGUCUAGCCAUCUUACUUCUGAGUAGACAUGGUUAGGAUUGUGCAGUAAGUCCUACUUAAUGCACUGGGGUUUACUCCCAGCUGAGUAAGAUUAGGAUUGAAACCUCAGCUGGAAGUUAGUUGGGAAUGUUCUAACAAUUCCUCUUCCUGCCGUCACAUAUUGGCAGAAAAUCCAUGAGUUUCUUUUUCGGACAUCUAAUGAGAAUUCUCAACAUAUCAUUGAAAGGUGUGUAAAGAGGCUUUCUCUUCUAUUAUUCUUCAUUCCUUGGUUUCCCUUGAAAUUGCAUUUUGUUCCAUAUCUUCUUUCAAACCUUAAUGGUUUACAAAACCUGCAGUGGUACAUUCUAAUGUGAACAUCUUUGCCCUUGGUAAAAUGGUUAUUGACUCGAACCACAUUGCGCAAUAUACUGAUGAAAUAAAUCAUAAUGCAGUGUAUUGAUAAGGUAAUAUACUAUGCAGGAGGCCCCUCCUCCUUCCCUGUUUGCACAAUUUUUGAACAUAAGAGCUGGCUGGAUCAGGCUGGCCCAUCUAGUGCACUAUCCUGCUCUCACAGUGGCCAACCAGUUGCCUGUGGGAAGCCUGCAAGCAGGCUAAUUUUUGCAACAAUGGCUUGUUGAAGAAUCACAGGAUCCACAUGGUGCUUUGUGUUAUGUCCAAAUGGCACAUACCGGUCCUAAUCACCCCAUCUCUCCUUGAAUUUGCAGACUCUUACCUUUGGUGAUAUUGUUGCUGUUCGUCAGUAUGAAAAAGCAUAGAAAUGUCAAUCUCUUGUUGGAGUUUGUAUGAAGAACUGUCUUCAGACUAUCAUCUCUGAAAUGAGCAAUGCUGACAUGGAAGGAAAACCAAGUGCUAGUUUGUUUUUUACCUGUAUAUCAUCAAAUUGGCAAACUCUUGCUCUGUAAAAUGGCAGCAGUAAAACGUUGCAAUAAAUUUCUGAAAUUCU